AGGAACAAGGUACAGGAAAAUGUCAAGACAUCAGAUUUUCUGCUGAGAUCUUGGUUUGAAUUCAGAGUGGGACCCCCAGAGCACAUAAAUAGAGGCAAGAGGAGCAGCAUGGACCAACCAGCCAUCAAGGUCUUCCACUACAAAGACAAGGAGCAGUCCUCCAACCUGCUCCUGCAGCUCAACAGACUGAGACAGGAGAACAUCCUGACCGAUGUGUCACUGUGCUCAGAUAACACUGAGAUCCCCUGUCACCGUAAUGUCCUCGUCUCCAGCAGCCCCUACUUCAGAGCCAUGUUCUGCAACAACUUCUUGGAGAGGAAGCAGGCCAAAAUUAACUUAAAGGGCAUCACAUCAGCCAUUCUGAGCAGUAUCAUUGACUAUGUUUACACGGGACUCAUUAGUAUUAGCAUGGAUAUUGUGCUGCCUCUGAUGCAGGCGGCAUCCAUGUUGCAUUAUGGCCGCCUUUUCGAGGCCUGCUCAAGCUUCCUUCAGGAGCAACUGAGCCCUGACAACUGUUUGAGCAUGAUAAGACUCUCUGAGAUCAUGAGUUGUAACAGUCUGAGAGACAGAGCAAAGGAGAUGGCCAUGAAGAGCUUCUCUGAUGUGUCCUCAUCUGAGGAUCUGUGCGAGCUGUCCCUAGCAGAGCUCAUGCAAUACCUGGAGGAUGAUAGUCUUUGUGCGGAGGAGGAGCAGGUCUUUGAGACACUUGUUGCUUGGAUCCACCAUGAUCCUUUAUCCAGGCGCGGUUCUAUUAGUGACCUUUUCAAGAAAGUUCGUCUUCGCCACAUCCAUCCCACCUACCUCUUCCAAUUCAUAGCCAACGACCCUCUGAUCCAGUCCUCCACCCUCUGCACUGAGCUCAUAGACUCCGUGAGACGCCUGAUGUUUUCCGUCAACACAAAAUGCAUUGAAGACACAGCAGUUGACUUCAAACCUCUCUGGGUGGCACCGAGACGCUACUCCUACCACGACAUGUUGGUGGUGGUAGGAGGAAGGAAGAACAACGAGCAGACCUCGAGGGAGGCCCUCGUCUUUGACGAGAAGAGCGAGAAGUGGCAGUGGCUCGCCAAGCUUCCCGUUCGUCUGUAUAAAGCAUCCUACGUCGCCCUUCACAGUGUCUUGUAUGUGAUCGGAGGAUUGACCACAAACACAAAGUGCAGCCAAGUCAGUACGACCGUCUACACCCUCUCCCUCAAGACGAACCAGUGGCGGACAGCAGAGCCCAUGCUGGAGCCACGCUUUGCCCACCAGAGUGUCUCCUACCUCCACUUCAUCUUUGUCCUGGGUGGACUCGGGCCUGACAGACGACUGACAGACAGUGUGGAGAGGUACAACAGUAUGUUCAACCAAUGGGAGCGUAUGGCGCCCAUGCCUGAGGCUGUGCUGCACCCUGCAGUGGCUGCUACUAACCAGAGGAUCUACGUGUUUGGAGGAGAGGACGCCAUGCAGAACCCAGUCAGAAUAAUACAGGUGUAUCACAUUGCCAGGAACAUGUGGUCUAAGAUGGAGAACAGAACAGUGAAGAAUGUGUCUGCUCCAGCUGCCAUUAUAGAUGACAAAAUCUACAUCAUUGGAGGAUACACCAGGAGAGUAAUCGCUUACGACACCAAGGCCAACCGGUUCAUCAAGUGUGCCAACCUGAAGGAGAGGAGGAUGCACCACUCUGCCACCAUUCUCAAUAACAAACUCUACGUCACCGGCGGACGUCACAUUAACGGCCAUGACGUCAUCGAGGACUCAGACAUUUUCGAGUGCUAUGACCCAAAGACAGACACUUGGACGUCUAAGGGUACUCUGCCAUAUAAACUGUUUGAUCAUGGCUCCUUGACCCUGACGCAUGUCUCACACACGUGGGCCAAAUCAUAGCUGAGGUCUGACUCAUAUUUGACAUUAUUCAUUUGAAUUGAAUGACUGUCAAUCAAAAAGUAUUCAUGCAGAGAAAAUGACUUACUGGAAAUACAGUGAUUUCACUAUGUAGCAGGUCUCCACCACUCAUGCUUUCAUUAAUGAUGGACUGUUUAAAAGUGCUUGAAAUACAGAAUCAUGCACACCUGGGACAUUCAUGUAUAUAUAAGAAUUUUGAUACUGAAAAUGUUUCUUUCAAUAUUCCAUGUCUUUUCUAUGUUUUUUUUAUUUGACAAGCAAACCUAAGAAAACAAGCUGCCCUGCUGCACAGCCCCUUCUUAACUGGCUUGACUUCACAAAUGGUGAAAGUGCUAUUUUCGGCCUGCUCUAAAUCAUGAGAUUUCACUUGUCAUGUUUAAAUCCUGGGGCUGUGUACUGUUUGGUGCAAGUCAAAGCUGUGCUCAGCUGUUAGGUCUGAACGUGCUGCUGAGUCUGGUGAACUUUUGGAUCACGAUCUGUUACUUCAAGGCAAAAUGAUGAUGAAGUUAUUGUGAUAACACUGACACCAAAUAUUAUAUGCAGCAGAAUUUUGCUAAAAUAUAACUUCAGAUUGCAUUUAAAGUUUUAGGCUUCUGUAUUUUUCCACUGCUUUGGA